CCGGGAGAGAGGCGCAGCGGCCGCCGCGGCAACAAGUGCUGGAGCCCAGGCGAGCCGGGAAGCCGCCCAGUCCCCGCCGGGCCGCCGGGCCGCGCAUGGAGCGAGAGCGGCGGCGGUCGCGGGGCUGAGCCGCACGCGCGGCCGGGACGUGGAUGCGCCCGCGGAAUCCCGCCCCGCCCCGCCGAGCUGGAGCUGCCCCCGGACAAGAUAUGAGAAAUGAGUGUUGGACGCCGGAGACUGAAGUUGUUGGGAGUCCUGAUGAUGGUCAAUGUCUUCAUUUAUUUGAUUGUGGAAGUCUCCAGAAACAGUAGUCAAGAAAAAAAUGGAAAGGGAGGAGUGAUCAUACCCAAAGAGCAGUUCUGGAGGCUCUCCAGCCCUCCCCGGGCGUACUGGAACAGGGAGCAGGAGAAGCUGAACCGGAGGUACAAUCCCAUCCUGAACAGGCUGGCCAAUCAGACGGGAGACCUGUACACGGCUCCCAACGCAAGCCACCUGAACUACUGCGAGCCGGACUCUGCGGUCAUGACAGCUGUGACGGACUUCAACAAUCUGCCGGACAGGUUCAGAGACUUCCUCUUGUAUCUCAGAUGCCGCAAUUACUCACUGCUCAUAGAUCAGCCGAAGAAAUGUGCAAAGAAGCCCUUCUUACUGUUGGCGAUUAAAUCCCUCAUCCCACAUUUUGACAGAAGGCAAGCGAUUCGGGAAUCUUGGGGCAGAGAAACCAACGUGGGGAACCAGUCAGUGGUAAGAGUCUUCCUGUUGGGCCAGACGCCCCCGGAGGACAACCACCCUAACCUUUCAGACAUGCUGAAGUUUGAGAGUGAGAAGCACCAGGACAUCCUCAUGUGGAACUACAGAGACACGUUCUUCAACCUGUCUCUUAAGGAAGUGCUGUUUCUCAGGUGGCUGAGCACUUCCUGUCCAGACGCGGAGUUCGUUUUCAAGGGCGAUGAUGACGUGUUUGUGAACACUCAUCACAUCCUGAAUUACUUGAAUAGCUUAUCCAAGAACAAAGCCAAAGACUUGUUUAUAGGAGAUGUGAUCCACAAUGCUGGGCCUCAUCGGGACAAGAAACUGAAGUACUACAUCCCGGAAGUCUUCUACACUGGGGUCUACCCACCGUAUGCAGGGGGCGGGGGCUUCCUGUAUUCCGGCCCCCUGGCCCUGAGGCUAUACAACGUAACCGACCGGGUCCACCUCUACCCCAUUGAUGAUGUCUAUACUGGAAUGUGCCUUCAGAAACUGGGCCUUGUUCCAGAGAAACACAAAGGCUUCAGGACAUUUGACAUUGAAGAAAAAAAUAAAAAAAACAUUUGUUCGUAUGUAGAUCUAAUGUUAGUGCACAGCAGAAAACCUCAGGAGAUGAUUGAUAUCUGGUCUCAGUUGCAAAGUCCUGACUUAAAGUGCUGAACUACAGGUGAGCUCCGUUUCACAAAAGGCCUAGCCUGACUAGUUCCUAUGUUGUGCUUUCACGGUAGGUGAUCGCUGUAAGAAGCCGUCAGCCUUCUUGAGUAGGUAGCACCCGGGCCUCCGAGCCCUCGGUCCCACACCUCGUGAUGAGAGAAAGCUGAAGCUAAACCACCACAGUGGGAUGAUUGCUCCUGGGCCUUCCGCUGGCUGCCAGUCCUCAGUGUCUGAUUUGUUUUCCUUCUCCAAAAUCAUAUUUAGAAUUCGACCAGGAAGGUCUUUUUUUCCUUGUCCGUGGUACAUUCCUGUUCCCGUUAUAAUGAUGGACAGAUACACCAGGUAUUUAUAAACCUAUUGGCUUAUCAAGAUUUUGUAGGGCAUGACCUGGUGUUUUUGUGAAAUAGAAUUAUAUUUAUUUUCAUAAGAUUUUGAUGGAUUUUAAAAGUUGUCUACAAAGUGGACUGAUGUCACACGUCCCUGUCACCCCAACAGUAUUCGCCUCGUUGCUAGAACCGGUUACUCCCUGCACGCAAGCCGUGCUGCAGGCGCAGCUCAUCCUGUCUGGGACGAAGGGGGUUCUCUCUCACUUGUGUUUGGCUUCCUGGCUGGCAUCAUGGUAGUUAACCUAAUUUUAGUAUUUUGAAACCAUGAGUGAUUCCCUAACGGCCACCCCAGUGAAGACUGAAGAGGCCGACAGAGUGGGUUUGUGAAUGUUCAGGGGGACCAGGGGAGCAUGUGUGACUGUUGAACUUGAAAUGAGAAGGUAGAACUUGCAGGCAUUUUCUUAAGGGUUCGUCGGUUUCAAAACUCCGGGGCUCUUUACUCGCCACGUUAUCGCUUGUUGCUGCGGUGACUUUCUCCUGGGUGGGGCUGCUUCCCUGUCGGCGUAGAAGUGCCUGUGCUUUUAUUUAUUGUUCGGAUCAAAGACCAAAACAGUUUCUUAAGAAAUAUUUUGUGUAAUAUUUUAUUUGUAUACAGUGUUGUUUGUGAAAUAUUUAACUAGAGCAUGACAGUUUAUUUUUCUCGUUUUUUAAUUAGUUCUUUGAGAAUUUAUACAGUGCAUUUUGAUUGUGUUCCCCUCCCCCACGUCCUCCCAGAUCCAGCCCCCAGCUGGAUGUUUUAAAUGCGAGGCUGUAACAUGUUAAAUAAAGUUAACUGUUAUUUUUGAAUUUUAAAAUUUGGAUUCAGGGGGUUAUGAACUGCUAGAGUUGAUGAGUUCCUGCCAAAUUAUUGCUUAUACCUUCUAUCCUGUGACAUGCUCUCUUGAGAUAUUUCUGUGUUUUAGAGGGUUCUCAUCUGUGCUACAGGGGACUGGGAAGAAAGUGGAAAUAAAGUGACUGUAUUUUUUAA